AUGGCCUUAUUUGUUCUUUGUGUGAAGUUCAUUUCCUUAUCAAAGGCGAUGGAGGCCCACUAUGAAAAUAUAAUUCUUUGUAGUAAGUCGAUGUAAACACAAAGAAAGAACAAUCACUGUUCUUCCUAAGACUCUGAAAGAACAAUCCAAACAAUCCCUUUAUACAACAAACCACAUGUCCCCCCAAUUAGAAAAAGGGUCCAGACUAAGAACCCCUACGCACCACCAAAAAAGAUGAGUACCCACCCCAAAAACAUCAACAAACCCCUUCCACGUCUCCCAACCCCUUCUCCCUCAAACGCUCCAACUCCUCUAACCCCCAAAAACCUAGCAACAGUCCCCCACCAAUCAAACCAAAAAACCCACAUCCUCAACUGGCUCUCCACCAUCCCAUCCUUCACCCCUCGAAUCAUGCUCACCUACCGCCGCUCCAUCCCCUUCCCCUUCCGCGUCCCCACAACACCCGAGGAAUCCCAUUUCUGCGUCUACGACUUGUAUCCUGAAGCCGGUGGCGUGGCCGGUUCCGGUGGGGAGACGGCGGAGAGGACGUCGAGGCGGAUUCUUGAGGGGAGGGGGAAGGAGAAGACGGGGUUGGAGGAGAUGAGGGAGGAUGAGGAGAUUUUGAGGAGAUUUUGA